CACAGUACAGAGCGCACUUAAAGGGGGACGUGCGGGUAAACGAAGUUUUCUCUUGUUUGUCAUUUCUUUUACUUUUUGGACUGUGUUCGACGUGAAAAGUCGAGUAUCGCCGUACCCUGUAUUUUCGUUAUCUCAUUCCUUUGCUUCUUAUUUCGGAUUGGGAACGGCAUUCAACAACAUUGUUCUUCUUUUUGGGAAACUUCACUGAUAUACGGGGACUUGCUGGAAAAAAACUGUGCAACAAAAACAAGAAUGAGCUAGUUGUUUUUAACAAAGAGUUGAGAGUCAGAAAUAAGAUUAUUAUAAUCAAGAAGUUUAUUUCAUCCCAGACUGGAGCUGGGAACAACUGACUUGUUCGUUUCUCUGGUAUCAGAAUGCUUAAUCAUAUUCCUGAGGCCUGACGCUGGAGUGCUGCUGAUGCUAAAAUAACCAAAUGAGAAACUAUUACCGUAGCGUAAAUGACCCGUUGUGUGCAUUUUUGGGAAGCUUUGAUACCUCACUAAACCUUACAUUGCAAUAUUGGGUUAUAAAUCAGACAUCACAUCUUUGAAUGAUUUCAGAAAAGAGACCACAGCUGCUGCAUGGUAGACUGGACUUGAUGCAUGGCAUUUGCAUGAAUCCAUUAAAUGUCUUUGUGGAUUAAUGAGUGAACUGGUGCAAACAUGGCUCACACUGCACAGAUUAAUGGUGGUGUUUCAGAAGACAAGAAUGAUGCAAACCUAAGUCUAAAUGAUGACAAGGACUCUUCUGCACCCUAUUAUCUGGAAACACCAUAUGGUUAUCAACUAGAUCUUGACUUUCUCAAAUAUGUCGAUGAUAUUGAAAGGGGAAAUACAAUCAAGAAGUUGAAUAUCCAGAGAAAGCCCAAAGUUGUGAAGUCUGCCACAACACCCAGAAGUGGUGGUGGCCCCACAGUCGAUUGGACCUCAACAGAAUCCUUGUCCUCUUCAAACAGUGAUGAGUAUAAGCAAUCACCAUUGUUUUUGUCUGCUCAGAGUCAAGCUGCAUGUGCUCAAGUAAGGUCAGCUGCAGUGCAAGAGGUCUCUCCUACCUUUUUGAAUGUUCCUGAAGGCAAGCUGCUUCCACCCCCGUCCCCAAGAUUUCCUAGGCACAACGUACAAGUAGAGAAAACACUAAUGGAAACACGAAGACGACUAGAACAAGAGAGGCUGCUUAUGCAGCCUCCUGUUAGUGAUUUUCGCAGACCUAGGCUUGCCAGUUUUGGGGGAAUGGGAUCAACCAGUUCUUUGUCCUCCUUUACUGGAUCCAGUGGACAUAUCCAGAUUUCCCCUAACUCCCAACAGCAGUUAUACAAUGGAUAUCAAUCUAAUGGAGAAUAUAAUCCUUACUUUACCUCAUCUAUGGGUAGCUCCAUUCGUCAUAGUCCAAUAAGUUCAGGGGUGGCCACACCUGUUACCAAUGUAAGCCCUAUGCACUUGCAGCACAUUCGUGAGCAAAUGGUUGUAGCUCUCAAAAGGCUCAAGGAGUUAGAGGAACAAGUGAAAACAAUUCCAAUUCUACAAGUUAAGAUCUCAGUGUUGCAGGAGGAGAAGAGGCAGCUGAUGUCCCAAAUGAGAAAUCAAAAGCUCUCCAACCUGAACAUUGACUAUGCUUUUCGAAAGAGAUCCUAUAGUGCAGGAAAUGCUGAACAACUAGACCAUAUGUCAGAAAUCAGACAGGGAGGAGAAUUGCAUAUAGACUCUGAAGAUGAGCUUGAGAACAUGGAGCAGAGUUCGCAAAGAAUACAAGAGUUUAGGCAGCUAACAGCAGAAAUGCAAGCUUUGGAGAGGAAGAUACAAGACAGCAACUAUGAAACUCAGGGUUACUGCGUACAAAAAAUUGAGUCAUGCCGGAAGCAAAAGAAAAAAAAAUCAGUUGGUGUAGGUGCUGAUGAAAAUAUGAAUGAUAUUGUGGUUUAUUACAAGUCAUCAAAACAUUGUCGGGAUAUAGCUGUGGGAACUGAGAGAGAAAUGAGGAACGUGUGCGUGGGUGUGUCAGAAGCUAUGCUGGGAGUGACUACAGAGGCAGAGACUGAAAUUGAGCUGCAACAUCAAGCCAUCGAUGCUCUCAAAGACAAAAUAUAUAGGCUUGAGGUGCAAUUAAAAGAGACCACCCAUGAAAUGGAAAUGAGCAAGUUAAAGUUGGAACUGCAGGCAGCUGGAGCUAGAAAAAAGGUUGAUAAAGGUUCGAUGGCUAGACCUUUAGUUCGAACCAUUGCAGUGGAAGUGUCCGUUCAAAUGCAAAACAAAGCUUGUGGAAACCAUUUGGAGUAUGUUGAUUCAUGUGUGAACCAUGAUCUGCAGACCUCAUCCAUUGGUGUUAACAGCACACCAAUGCUGCAGGAUAGUAGAGAUGGACCAGAAGUUCCCAUGAGCAACUGGGUUAUACAUGAACAUGUCCAGACCAAAGAUCAGUCUAUUGGUUGUGAGGUUAUCAUGUCUAAUAAGAAUGUGGGUGUGGAACUAAAUGUUUGUGAAGUUGGAGUCAAUACAGAUGAAACAAUUGAUAGUUCUGGUCUUUGGCAAAGUAAACAAGAACAGGCUAAACAAUAUAGGUCAGUUGGAUGUGGAGACUCUUCUGUGGAUGUAACAGUGUGUCCUUUAAAAUAUUUUGUGUCUCAGGAAGUAAGUACAGAUUGCAUUGCAAAGGUUGAAUCUGCAGUAAUGGCUGUGCCACAGACCAUUUCUCAUGAGACAAAUACCCUAAAUGAUUUAGUAAGUAAGUUUACCAACACAGACACAGUUGUUUUUGCAGACUCCUGCACAAAUACAAAUUUGAAAGCUAGUGAUAAGCAGACAAGUACGUUGACCACUGAGACGAGAUCAGUGGGUGUUGGAGAUGGCAAAAUCAAAGAUGUUCUAACAUCUGUUAAAACUAGAUCCAUUGCAGUUGGAACUUUAGUUACCACAGAGAAUAUGUUGGAAAGACCUAUUGUAGCAAAGACCAAAGACUUAGGUGUUGGCCUUUUUAACAUAAGUGAAAACUGUCUGAUUGGCGUGAAAACCCGCAGUAUUGCUUGUGGUCCUUCACAUGAAGUUGAACUGAUGAAAACAAGAAGUAUUGGAGUUGGCAAUGAAUAUGUUGCUGCUUCUGAUCAAGCAUCACAGACACAGAUUGAAAUGGAUGCUGGUUUGGAUCACUAUAUUGAACGUGUUCAGAAGCUUCUGCAGGAGCAGCAAAUGCUUCUGGCUGAGAACUACAGUGAACUUGCAGAUGCCUUUGGACAACCAACUACUCAGAUUGGUUCUCUUAACACUCAGCUAAUGAAUACAUUGACAUCGAUAAAUUCAGCAAUGAAAUGUGCAAGUUCUGAAGAACUCAGAAGUAUGCCAGAAGGCCACUUCAUGACAUCUGAUGAUUCAAGUUUUGGUCAGUGUUUAAUUGGCAACACCACAGUUCCUUCUACGACCAAUCCAAUACAGUCCUUCGACUUUAAUCAUAAUGGAGAAGUCCUACAACUGGACCAAAAAACAUCUGUCACCCAGCUGAGUGAAUUCAGCACAGAGUCUACAAAUAAAUCCAUUCCAGAAAGUGCUUCAUCUCAAAUGAUUUUUAUUGCAUCUGCUUUGCAUGGACAGCCUUGUAGUCCAAAUACACUGAAGUCCAUCAUGAAGAAGAAAGAUGGAAGACAAGGUUUAAGUAGCACCAAGAAGAACUUGCAAUUUGUGGGUGUAAAUGGAGGGUAUGAAACCACAUCUAGUGACGACUCAAGUUCAGAUGACAGUAGCUCUUCUGAUUCAGAAGAUGAUAAUGAAGGUAGUGCAUUUUCAGGCUGCAAGACUUCUGAAAAUCAAGAUGAGAAAAUGGAAGGAACGUCACAGUUUUGCAAUGAAGCUGUUUUGGCAGUUACAGAAGAGGGUAAAGAAGCAGGUGAAAAAGUGGAAAUUAGAGAGAGGUUUGAACUAAGUGAGAAAAUGAUGUCAGCAUGUAAGGUUUUAAAAUCGCAUUUGAAUGACCCUAAGGCUGUUACUAGCAAGGAUUUGAGAGCUUGUCUCAACACAAUUCAACACGAGUGGUUCCGUGUGUCCAGUCAGAAGUGGGCUGUUGCAGCAAUGGUUGAAGAUUACCUUUCUGGAUUUAGGGACAUCUCUCCUGAAGUUCUGCAAUAUAUAGUAAACCUGGCGGAUGGAAAUGGAAACACAGCCCUUCAUUAUAGCGUCUCUCACUCAAACUUUGAGAUUGUUAAAUUACUGUUAAAUGCAAAUGUCUGUAAUGUAAAUCAGCAAAACAAGGCUGGUUAUACUCCUAUUAUGCUAGCUGCUCUUGCUGCUGUAGAAGCAAAGAAAGACAUGCACACAGUAGAGGACCUCUUCAGUAAAGGCGAUGUGAAUGCUAAAGCAAGCCAGGCUGGUCAAACUGGAUUGAUGUUGGCUGUAAGCCAUGGAAGAAUGGACAUGGUGAAAGCAUUAUUAGCAUGUGGUGCAGAUGUUAAUAUUCAAGAUGAUGAAGGUUCUACAGCUUUAAUGUGUGCCAGUGAACAUGGCCAUGUGGAAAUAGUGAAGCUUCUCUUGGCACAGUCUGGCUGUGAUGCAACGUUAACUGAUGGUGAUGAAAGUACAGCGCUCUCUAUAGCUCUGGAAGCUGGGCACAAGGACAUUGCAGUUCUCCUUUAUGCACAUGUUAACUUUUCCAAAGCUCAGUCACCAGGCACCCCAAGGCUUGGAAGGAAGACCUCACCCAGUCCAACUCGAAGAGGCAUGUUUGACUGAAAGUACAAGCACAUCCUCGUUCUUCAAGCUGCUAUUUACUUUGAAACCUUGGACGAUUCUGAAUGUAAAGAAGAGGGAGGGGAAAGCCUUGUGCCUGACAUCACCAGCAUGUUUAACUAAGAAUAUGUUUGUGCUUAACACAAUAGAAUCAGAAGACGUUACUCUGCAUGUGCUAGAUUGGAGGCUUAAAAAAUUCAAUGAAAAAAUGAGUAUAUGACAAAACAUGCUGCUUUAACUCUUUCCCUCAUUGAACAGUACCAGAAUGCUUUCACGAGUAACACCUCAGGAGUAUUCUGUCUGAACAAUUACCGUCAUCAGUCAUAUAAUGUUCUCCGUGGUAUUGUUAAUGUUUGUAGUAUAUGUGGUAGGUGCUCUUCUUCUUUUGUUCUACUGUAGUUCUGUUCUCAUUACUUACAGUAUUUGUGUGAAUAGCAUACUUCUUGUAUCAGGAGUUCAUGUCUUUUAUUUUCGUUUCAAAAAACGUGAGCCUGAAUGUUGGAUACCACUUUUCACAAAAUCUAAUUGGAUGUAUUGUAUAAAUUUUUAAUAAUAAAAAUCAUAUCCAGCAAUUUAAACAUAAAAAAUGUCUGCAUUUUUAAGGUAUGCUGUUUUAUGCAUUAGCAAAAAUUAAGUAUAUGAAGUUUCAAAGUUUACUCCUUUGAUUCACCUGUGCAGUAUAAAUGUUGUAUGUAUACACUUAUAUAUGUUAAUAUCUGUUUAUUUACCGUAUCUGUGUAGAUGCACCUGUGUGUAUUUGUUGGUAUAUACUUGAAUGUGUGUGUACAUGCAUAUGCACACGUGCUUGUAUGGUACGUAUAGGUGUGCAGAUUAACUGCAGGUGCUACAAGUCGUUCUGUGUCUCUAUUAUAUUUGUAAACUCAACUACUUGGUGUCCUUUUACUCUUGCCCUGUAUUUAAAAGCUGAAGUGCCUUUCUGUCUUGCCAUAACAGUAAACAAACCGGUUUCUAUUUCCUUGUAUUUUUAGUUCUCCGUGGUUUUAAAGACCCCCUUGUGCAUCUUUGCAAAUAUUAUCUUUGUAUUUUUCCCUGAAUAUACAGUAGCUUCUCCUUAUUAGUGCCAGAAAAUCUUAAAUUUGUAUGUAUGUAUGUAUGUAUGCACUUUUUUUUUAUUUACCAAAAUAAUGUUUAUAAAGUUAGUAUGUGAUCUUGGACCAGACUCCUUACUCGAUUACCUGAAGGUGUGUCACGUAGACAGUUUUAUACUACCAGUUAAUGAAUUUCUAAUUUUCACCUCCAUUGUCUUGCGGUUUAAAGCAGACUGGUGGUGAUGGGGGUUGCGGUGUAUCUGACUGCAGAUGACAAAUUCUAAUCAAAUUAAAAAAAGAUUCUGAGAAUCGGAUUGAAAAGUUAACUCACAUCAGGGCUUUGGGGAAAUGAUGGGGGCACUCGACUCCAACCAUAUGCACCAAAACAUCUGUUUAAUAUGCAGCAAUGGUCUAAACUAACAAACUAACUUUAUAUCAGUUUUAUAUAUAUAUAUAUAUAUAUAUAUAUAUAUAUAUAUAUAUAUAUAUAUAUAUAAAAGAAGAAAACACUGUUGAAAGUCUAUAAAUGUGCAGAAGGCUUCAGAGGUUUAUUUUCACUUUCACUGUUCAAUAUUUGCCAAACUUUUAAAUCUUACUGUUUUUAAAAAAAACAAUGUAAUACUCCUAUAUAGAAAUUUGUAUUUCAGAGUGAAAAAUAAAAUCAUAUUUUAUAUCAAGAACA